CAGGGUGCCGGCCCUGCGAGACCGCCUUUUGCAGGCUGGGAGACCGAGCCUGAGAUCGGCGGAUGCCCCGGCCCCUGCUUGCCCCUGUCCCCGUCCGAAUUCGAACCCAGCUCGGCUGUUUCUGAACUCCGCGACCUUGGGCAACCGACUGACCUCUCUGAGCCUGUUUUGCAAAGUGGGGCUGGUGGCACCUGCUUCCCUGAAUUGUCGCGACAAUCCACUAGAACGUGUGAAAGGGCUAUGCAACCUCUAAAGGUUUACACCGGGGCCCAGGGCAUCGUCAACAGCGGCCUGAUCCCCGCACUGGUAUGGAAGCUGCAGAGGGAGAAGGAAGAUAUCCAGGAGCUCCUCCUGGACACGCUGGCGGCCUGCCUGAUGGAGGAUGCCACCCAGGCGCUGAGCAGCCGCGUGGUACCCUUCCUGAAGGAGAAGCUUCUCAGUGCCAACAACAGCAUCCGCAGCAAAGCCGCCUGCACACUGAUGGCCAUCAGCAUCCCUCUGGAGGGCAAGAACCAGCUGUGGCAGUAUGACGUCAUCCCCAUCCUGGUGCACCUGCUGAAAGACAAGGUGGAGGAGGUGCAGGCCAACGCUGCUGGGGCCCUCAUGUACGCCACGGUGACCACUGAAGGGAAGUAUGCAGCCCUGGACGCAGAAGCCAUCUCCCCACUCCUGGAGCUGCUCGGCUCGUCCUUGAGCAGGGCCCGCCUGAACGCCAUCAAGGCCCUCACCAUGCUGGCUGAGGCCCCUGAGGGCCGCAAGUUCCUGCAGGCCCACGUGCCCAACUUCCGUGUCCUCGAGAGAGAUGCCAACGAGGCCGUGCGGAGGGCGGCCCAGGUUGCCAUCAAAGUUAUUGAGUGGAAACCUUGAGCCUCUUAUCAGGCCAGACCUGAUAAGCGCCAUGCCUGAAUACAAGGGCUGAAUCUCUUUA